AUGGCGGAGGCGAACGACGAGGGACGGAGGAGGGCGCGCCCCUCGGCGCCGGAGGCGGGCGGCGAGCUGCUCUCGGCGUGCUCUCCGGCGCCGGCGUCGUUGUCGGCGGCCAUCUCGUCGGAGUUUGCCGGAUGCGCAAAACGUGUUUCCAUUAAAGGUGGCUAUCCUCAAUUGCAAAGGAAAUAUUUGGUUAGCCUCCUGCUGGAUAAGCGUGCAUAUGGUUCAAUGAUCAUGGCAUAUAUCAGGGCUGACAUGCUGGACAAAGCAGAAGAGUUAAUCAAAGAAAUGGAGGAUCAGCAGAUCUUCGCAGGAAAGGAGGUCUACAGGGCGCUGCUGAGAGCCUUUUCAUACAAAGGCGAUUCAGAUGGGGCACAUCGGAUUUUCGAUGCCAUACAGUUUGCAGGGAUAGUGCCUGACACGAAACUGGUGAAUGCUUACUGUCUGCCCAAUAGAAUGGCAGAAGCUGUUUGUGUGAUUCGAAAUAUGAGAAGUGCAAGAGUGACACCUUGCGACAAAUGCAUUGCCUUGGUACUAGGUGCUUAUGAGAAGGUGGACAUGCUAGAAACAGCACUGGGAUUUUUGACCGAGCUUGAAGAAAACGGGAUUGCAAUUGGCCAAGAGCCCUCUCAGUUGCUUGCUGUGUGGUUCCGAAAGCUUGGGGUAGUUCAUGAAGUCGAACAGGUUCUGAAGGAGCUCUCAGAAGACAUGAAGACCAAGCAAACAGUUGCAUUAUUGGUGGAACAGAGGUUAUAUAGCACUAUUUCAUAUGAAUCGGGAAUAAGAAGAUAA